CGGCGGUUGCUAGGUAUAUAUCCAUGGUGGCGAUUUAAAAUUCAUGCCUGAGGCAGGCACGAGCUCUUGCACCCCCACCAGACGACAGUACCAAAGUGUGUGAGCAACCUGCAUCUAUAAUCGACAUCACCUUGCUGAUAGCUCCGUCCAACCUUCCAGUCUCUUCUAUAACAAUACCAUGUCGCCUCCGGCCAUCAUAGCACCCUCUAUUCUUUCCUCUGAUUUUGGUGCGUUGGGAAAAGCAUGUUCAGACACGAUUGAACGCGGGGCAGAUUGGCUGCAUGUUGACAUUAUGGACGGUCAUUUUGUCCCCAAUAUGACUUUUGGUGCUCCGGUAGUCACGAAGAUCCGUCCGCACGUUUCGAAACCUACCAGCGCUUACGGGCGUGGAACAUUCGAUUGCCACAUGAUGAUUGCCGAACCCAAGCGCUGGGUUCGCGAAUUCCAGAAAGCUGGUUGCGACCUGUACUGCUUCCACUACGAAGCGGCCAUCAACUCCACCGCCGCCGAAAGCCCCUCCGAAGACGAGCCCACCAAGACGAAUCCCAAGGAGCUUGUUCGUUACAUUCACUCCCUUGGCAUGCAGGCAGGUAUCGCCAUCAAACCGUCGACAAAAGUCGACGUACUCUGGGAUAUCCUUGCGAGCGAUAUCAAAGAGGAGAUUCCUGACAUGGUUCUGGUCAUGACCGUUGAGCCCGGCUUCGGCGGGCAAUCAUUUAUGGAGUCUGAGCUACCCAAGGUAACGGCGCUUCGGGAGAAGUAUCCAGAUUUGCACAUCGAAGUCGACGGGGGACUCUCAGAGAAGACCAUUGAUCAGGCUGCUGAUGCGGGUGCCAAUGUCAUUGUCGCUGGAUCGGCAGUGUUUGGUGCGAAUGACCCUGCAGAAGUCAUCGCAAACUUGAGGGAGGCAGUAGAGAAGAGAAGGAAGAAGUAGAAUCAGGAGUGUCGUCGAAAGCGAAUGCUCACUCCGUGUGACCGUGUGGAGAUGUGGCUGCAAUUGUGAUGUAGUUCUGCGCCCCCAAGCUUCAAAGUUGCUAUUGGAUUCUCGACCUGCCUGACUUAGUAUACGAGAAAGAACUUUCUAGUGGUGUAUAACUCGAAUUAUCAUUAACUAAGCUACGUAUUAUAAUGGUUUCUUAGAUA